AUGCAUCAUACAAAAUGUAGCAUUGCUGAAAAACUCUAGAAUAUUUAUCUUGUUCAAUAGCAAUCACCAAGAAUAUGGGAUCUGUGUGUUCACAUUCUCGUAGUCACCUUGCACUGCAGCAAAACAUGCUAACAGCUGCACCUAUGCCUAGUGCAGGAAGGACACAAAAAUGUAGUGCCACAUUGGAAAACGAGCCAUCUGAAUUGCCUUUCAGCAAUCAACUAGAUCGAAGCUUAUCUGAGCUUAAUUCUCAAGAUCAUUCGUUCCAUGCAUUGCAAACCCCAUCCAAAUCUAAUAGAAAAGCUUCAUCAAAAGGAAAUGAAAAAAAAUCUCCCAUGAGGAAAAAAUUUUUAUGGAUGUUUAAAAAGAAGCGGAAGAGAGAUGAAUAUGAUGAUGAAGAGGAUAUGGAGCAGAUGAUGGAAAAGGAAAGAGAAGAAGAUGAAAAUUUUUUUGAUUCUGAGGAUCACGCUGAAAAUGAAGAAUCAGUGAAUGCCUUACCUGAAAAACAAUCAACCCCUAAAGUUGAGAAACCUGUUAUUAUUAAAAAUGACAAUGAAGCUAAGAAUUAUGACGACUUAGCAGAUGAAAAGAAAGUUGUUUUUGAUAGUAGUUAUAAAAACAAUCUUGCAUCUGAUGCCGUUUUAUUGGAAUUUGUAAACAAUGAUGCAGUAAAAGAUUAUACAAGUACUUGCGCUGGCGAUUCUGAGUUGGAUACUGUUGAUUUCAUUUCACCUAUUAAAAAUAAAAGUCAUUUAUUAGCAAAAGAGGGAUUAAGCAAUGUCAUCAAGCAAAAGGAGCCUUCCUUUCACUAUCAAAGUCCAGUGGAAGAAAGUGAAAAUGGUGGUUUCUAUGGCUUAUCGGCAUCUGAGAGCCAACAAUCAAGCGUCGUUUCAACGCGUGUAGCACAGCAACUAGAUGCGGCUCUUGACAGUGACGAAUUUUUUCUUCCUGAACCGUCUCAGAAAUCGCAUUGCAAUGUCCAAGAUUGGCGGACUCAUUCCUUAAAUGUUGAAGUUGUUUAUCAAGGACGUAGACUCAGUUCUGCAGAGAAAGAUUGGUUAGGAGAGCAAGUCGCUGGACUUGUUAACAUUUUACUAAAUAAAGGAAAGAUUCCUGAGAAUCUCUCACUGAUAAAUGAAGAAAUACAGGAAGCUAAGAUGGUUGAAUAUCAAAACGCAAGUCUGGAAGUUGAUAACCAAAAUGGAGGUUUCAGAGAACAGUAUAUCGCACCUCACAAAAAUGAUCAUGAGAGGUGGGAGCAAGACGAUGAAGAUUCUGAUGAUAUUUCUGAAAAUGAUUUGUCUUAUGAUCCAUAUGGAUUGAAACAACAAAAAUAUGAAAGUAGGGAGAAGAAACGUGCAAGAAAAAAAUAUGGGAGUGUAAUACAGGAAUUAACAAGAAAAAUAUCUCAAGAAACGAUGAAAAAUUCCGAUUCAACUUCCUCUGCAAAUACUUUCCAUACUGCAACUGAGUUUACGAAUGAAAACAAUAGACUACCUAAUCCUGCAGCAGCUUCGAAGGGUAAAUCUCUAUUUGUUCGUGUGUGCGUUAAUGAAGUAGGUGGUGAUCCAAAUUCCACAAGUCCGAAGAUUGAAUUCCACAGCAAAAGUGAACCUUUCAUUUAUGCAGGACAAAUGAAUGAAACGGUUGCCAAUGAUGACAAAACAUACCUGCAAGACCAAAUGUUUCAACAAACUACAAUAUCGGCAUCAUCACCUCAUGUAUUUCGUAUUGAAGAAGAAAAAACAAAACAGAAACAAAGCCACCUGGAUUCAUACAGGAAUUCCAAGAAUAUUGCAAAUACUAAAGAUUAUUCUCCAAAAUAUUCAGCACAGCAAUUCACUCAAAUUCAGACUAAGAUAUCAGAUAGCAGUAGUUCCUCAUCUGCUUCUUCAGUUAUUGAAUUAUCAAAACUAAGACAUUUGAAACAAGAUUUUACCAAGGUUCCACGAUCACAUUCAAGGAGAAGUGCACGAACACCAACACCGGUGGGGGCCAAAUCAAUUUAUCACAAAAUCGAACGAUUUGGAGCAGUUCAUGAAUCAGUAAAAAAUCGUAAACAUACACCAUCACCAAAACAUGACAGCUCUCCACGUCGUCGACAUCGUAGAUCAAGAAACAACACACCUAUACAGGAUUCGAGUAAACAUGAAAACUGCAAAGAUCCAACGUCGCCUAUCACAAUUGUAAAUGAAAGAAGAACUCCACUCGUAUUUCAGAGAGUCAGUACUACAUCACCUGUUGCAUUGAGGCCUGAGCCUCUGAGUUUUACAAAUAUGGCUGAAAGAAAUAUAAAAAGCGAAAAGGUACUUCGUAAAGUGCUAGUACCAACACCUGUUUAUGCCAAUAAAUAUGAGGUUGCAGUCAGAGAAGAGAUGAAUCAUCCACCAGUUCCUAAACCAAGAACAAGAAUAACUUGUCGUCCUGUUCCAGCUCCUAGAAUAAGAAAACAGCAAAGAAGACAGUCUACACCUAAUGAGCUGCUUGAAGGCAAUAUAUCCCCUCGUCCUAUAGAAGGAGAGCAGAUAGAUAUUCCCAAAGUACAUCAUGGCUCUUCAAGACAUAGAGAUAGAAAAUUAUUGAGUCCUACAUUUCAUGAUGCUCAGCAUGUAAAACCAACAAAACUACCAUCUGAAAUGGGAAACAGAAAAGAAAAAGAAAAUAAAAGAAGUUUACAUCAGAGAAAAGUCAUUCGUAAAGAUGAUAGAAAUGAAGUUCCUCAGAACAUGGUACCGUUAACUAGAACUCCAUCUAAUAAGAAAUAUACCACGCGACAGAAAUCUUGUAAGUCACCAAAUCAGGUUUGUGACCAGGUACAAGAUCAUAGAAAAGUUUGGGGAAACGUUAAGCCAGACAGGCAAGAAGAUGAACAUUGUGUUGAGAAAAGUAGCACAAACAGACACAGGCAAAAACCUCACUCUGGAAAUGUAAGCAUUACACGCAAACCAGCUGUGACAGAUGAUAAUCAAGUAUAUUCCAGUUCAUCUCCUCGCGUUUUGAAUAAAACGACACCAGAGAAAAAGAAAACAUCCACAAGAAAAACAAUUUUACAUCCGCCAAAACAAGCUAUCACGAAAGGACUGUGUCCCCCACAAUUUAUACAAACAGAAAGUGGUUUUAGGUCUACUACAAAAAAGCAUUCACGUGUGACAUUUGAAGAUGAACUUUGCUAUGAAGAUCGUGAUCCUCAGUCGGACCAUCCAUCCCAUAAUGAUCCUGUUACUGAAACAUAUGAUCCACUAAGCAAGAUUAAUACUCAAACUGACCAGGUUAACAUGUCAAUGCAGGAUAGAAACAUUCCUAUGUUAUUAUCAAAUGAAAAAUCUGAAUCUCCUGCAUUUAACCAAGUUCAACAACAAGGUUAUCCAUACUCGAAUUAUCAACAACCGGUUUUCUGUGUAAAUUCUGCAAUACCUCAAAGGCAGCUGUUCCAAUUUGCGGAAACAAAUGUCUCGAAUCCAUGGUCUUCACCACAUUUUCAACCCUAUCUUUCGCCUGGUGUGAUGACUUCCCAGAUUGCAAGCCAACAACAAAUAUUUCCUUCACCAACACCAUCAAGAAUUAAUAUUUCAGGAUGUUAUUUUCCAACUCCUCCGAAUAUAAUGAAUGAUCAGGUGUUCACUCCCGCUCAACCAUACCAAUAUGUACAAAAUACUACACAACAAUCCAGUAUGGCAGGAGUUUAUAGUACCCUGCCUGUGACCCAUACCUUAUCAGGAACUGCAAGUAAUAUCAGGAAUACAGGUUUCAUGAAUCCGAUUCCACCAACAACUGUUUUGGAAACUUUUAAUGCUGCUGGUACACUGAGUGCUCCAACAACACCUAGAAAUUCAAAUCAAAUGGAAUUUCCUUCAAAUCUUAAUUCAGGCAAAAAGACAAAGUCUGAGGAUAGAUUAUGCCAAGAUAUGAAUAGUAGAUUGUCAUCAAAUCAGCAUGCAUCAAGUGACUGUUCACUGGACAAAUCACAUAAAACACGAAAAUGGCGGCAAAUAGUCAGGGAAAGGGAUGAGGUAAAUGCGUGGUGGAUGCCCAAAGACUGGGCAAAAGAACGAGGGAUUGGCAAUUAUGGAAAAAAUCAACGGGAUUCUGACAAGGAUUGUGAAGCUAAGAAAGAAAAAGAACUGGAGAUUGCAAAAGAUGCAAAUGUUGAACAAAUCCGAAUGAGCAAAUUUGUUCCACUGUGAAAUAGUAAAAUAAGCACUAUCUUGCUUUCACGGCUUGAAGUUGAAUUUCACUCGGGCUCUUUUCACGUUCUGCUCAAAAUCAUACAACUUGAAACGAGGACGUACAAUUCUGACAAAAAUAUCUUACUGAAUAGUUUCACAUUUAAAAUUGAAAGAUUAGUUGAAAUAGUCAUCCUAUUUUGUGAGGAGUUUUUACCAGUUGUGUAUAGUUCUUACUUUUUAGUAGAGAGUUUUUAGACAUGUUCGUGUACCGGGUGUAUUUCAAUUAUUUGAUGCUGAAAGAUAGUAAAAGCUGCUUUCAUUAGUAGACAGUUUGAAAUAACACAGUCAGAUGUGGUAUCCAAAAAGCUAGAAGGGAAGGUUAAAGUGCAGCAAAAUUUAAGUGUUGGCUUACCGAGAAAGUUUAUGUAGUGUAGGUCUAUUUCUUUUCUCAGUAUUUGUUAGUAAUUAGUGUCAUUUUUUUUAAUAUUGUUGCUUUCUUUGAAUGUUGUUUUUGCUUGUUUUCGAUUAAAUGAAGAAUCUUUCAAUAUCAA